AUGGAUACUUACGAGAUAACUAACAUACUGUUAACGAAACUCAAGAGUUUAGAUCCAGAAAACGCCUCUAGAAUUAUGGGUUUUAUUCUCAUACAAGACCCUACUGAUAAAGAUUUGUUAUGCUUAGCCUUUGGCCCUGAAACCCUUUUGCAAAAUGUAGUCUUUAAGGCUAAAAUCCACUUUGGACUUUAUACAAACACGUUAUCUACACCCUCUUCCCCGUCGCCGCUCAAUCCCAUAGCAAGGCCUUGUAAUAACACUAAACCUUUUUCACAAUCCUCUCCUAGAAUCACAAAUAAUGGUUCAUUUCUUGAUUAUGCAAAAAACACGCCUCCAAAUCCUUGGCCUGGUCAUGGGUUGCCAAGUAAUAGUAACAGUAACACUUCAAUUAGCCCAAAGUCCAGUCCUUUUUUGUCCUAUGAUAAUAUACGUUCUGGUUCUGUUUUAGUGCCUCCAUUCUCGAGCAACGGUGGCAAUGGCGGUGGUGAUAGUAGCAAUAAUGGUGUUGACUUUCCUGAUGAGUAUCAGUUAGAUGAUUAUCUUUCGUUUCUUGAUGACCCCUCUUCAAAAAAUGAGGACUUUAUGGACCAAAGGGUUCAAUCUGGUGGUUAUCUGGUUGCUAAUGGAGAUAGCCACUUGCAUAGAAGGAGGUUUUCAGAGAGUGAUGCGUGUUUUGGUGCUGAAGAUGGGGGUUUUAGUCUUGGUUAUAGGCCUUGUCUGUAUUUUGCUAGAGGGUUUUGCAAGAAUGGAGAAAGUUGCAAGUUUGCUCAUGGUGGUGAAAAUAUGGUUGAGGUUAAUGAUGGUGGUGUUCUUGUGGGUUCACCAAGGGAAAUGGAGGAAUUUUAUCUGCAGAAGCAAGAUGAGAUUAUGAGAAUGAAGGCUGCACAGCAACAGCAGCAGCAAAGGUUAGCUUAUAACAAGUACAUGAAUUUUCUGUUGCAGCAACAGAAUGAAGCGGAGAGAUUGGGUGCAGCAGCAGCUAUGGUGGGUGAUGAAUUUUACAAGCUUGGCCGGUUCCGUAAUGGAAGAAAUGACUUUUUUGCUACGGGAAUGGCUGAAAAGGCAAAUUCGGCAUCCAGACAGAUAUACUUGACAUUCCCAGCUGACAGCUCUUUCAAAGAUGAAGAUGUUUCAAAUUAUUUCAGUUCUUUUGGACCUGUUCAAGAUGUCAGGAUUCCAUAUCAGCAGAAGCGAAUGUUUGGAUUUGUUACUUUUGUUCACCCAGAGACUGUGAAGGAAAUAUUGGCAAAGGGAAACCCUCAUUAUAUCUGUGAGUCACGUGUGCUUGUCAAGCCAUACAAGGAGAAAGGAAAAGUAGCAAACAAGACGCAACAGUUCCUGGAGAGGGGAAAUUUUUCACCUACUUCAAGCCCUUCAGGUUUUGAUCCUAGAGAGCUAUGUGAUCUUCACCUGGGACCAAGAAUGCUUCACAAUACACCAGAAAUGAUGCUGAGAAGGAAAUUGGAGGAGCAGGCAGAGCUGCACCAAGCUAUUGAACUUCAGGGGAGAAGGUUAAUUAAUCUGCAACUUCCAGACUUGAGAGGAGAUUAUGUACAUCGUCACCAGCGUAGUCUGUCUGUUGGCGCUCCUAAUUCCCUGCCCACUCAUCAUACUCCCAUCGAUCAAACUGAUAUUCUUAGCUCUGAUGGCAAGAAUGGGAUAGCAUUAGAAGGUGCCACUAAAUCUAUUAUUGCUGCUGUUGAACAGAAUCUUCAGGAUGAAGUGAAUGCAGCAGCUUGGAUUCAGAACAAUGACACUGUUAGUUGCAAGGUGGAGAGCUUCACUGAAAGGUAUCGAAUUGCAGAUUCAAGAAGCCAUGGAAGCAACCUGGAAAAUGAAAGCCUGACAAAAUCAUCUCAGAAUCAUCAUCCUGACAUGUCCCCUUCUCGGGCCGAAGUUAAAGAAAGCAAGGAGUUAUCCGUCUCUUCAUGUUUUGAAAAUGAUGUGUCAGUGCCCACCACUGCUACCAGCGUAGAGGCGUCUCAUUGA